GCGUUUUGCGCUUUCGUUUGCUUCCUGCAAAGAAGUAAUGCAAAGAAGUAAUGCAAAGAGCUGAGAUUCGCAGGACAGAAGCGGACGGUCUUUGCUCCGGGAGCCGCCGAGCAGCGCUCUCGUCCUGGGUUGGACUUCCCGUUCCUCCCUCUCUCCAGCAUGCGUACUGUGCAACAGUUGUGAAAAACAAGAGGCAGUUGAAAGUGGUGGACGCUUUCCAAAUUGCUUGGAAGAGCUUGAUUAAGAUCCCCCCUCCCAAGGCCUUGCUGCUCUUGAAUGAUGGCUCCAGAGGUCCGUAUGGAAUCUCCCAUCUGCCUAAUCGAGAACAGACCUGAUGGGACGCUUGUGGUCCUAGACAGAGCCAUGCAGAUACUUCUGGGUAUCUGCCAGCCGGUGGUGGUGGUGUCCAUUGUGGGAUUAUAUCGCACCGGCAAGUCCUACCUCAUGAACAGGCUCGCAGGCAGGAGAAAAGGUUUCAAUUUGGGCGCCACCGUACAGGGGGAGACCAAGGGAAUUUGGAUGUGGUGCCUCCCACAUCCCCAGAGGCCUGACCACAUGCUGGUGUUGCUGGACACAGAAGGCUUGGGCGAUGUGCAGAAGGGCAACACGCAGAACGAUGCGUGGAUCUUUGCGCUGGCUGUUCUGCUCAGCAGUACUUUUGUCUACAACAGCAUGGGCACCAUCGACCAAAACGCCCUGGAGAAGCUGCACUACGUCGCAGAGCUGACCAAAAAGAUUCACGCAAAGUCUUCCGGGCGUUGCCAGGAGGAGGAGAAUUCUGCCGAAUUUGUCCGCUUCUUCCCAGCCUUCAUCUGGGCCGUGAGAGACUUCACGCUGCAGCUGAAGAUAGAUGGACGGACGAUCACUGAGGACGAGUACCUGGAGAAUGCCUUGAAACUGCAGCAAGGAAACACUGAGCAAAUUCAGAAAUGCAACAUCCCCAGAUUAUGCAUCCGCAAAUUCUUUCCUUCCCGGAAAUGUUUCACGUUUGACCGUCCAGCUAACAAGAGGAAAUUGCAUCAGCUGGAGGAACUGAAAGAGGAGGACCUGGAGCCGGACUUCUUGGAACCAGUGAUCAAUUUCUGUGAACACAUCUGGAACACCUCCCAACCUAAAACGGUUCCAGGAGGCCGGAUUGUCAGUGGAGCAAUGCUCGCAAACCUAACGAAGAACUAUGUGGAGGCCAUCAACAGUGGGCAGGUGCCUUGCUUGGAGAAUGCAGUGCUGGCCCUGGCCGAGAUUGAGAAUGCAGCCGCUGUGCGGGAGGCCGUUUCCCGUUAUGAAGAGUUAAUGGAGAAACGGAUGAAGCUGCCCACAGAGACAGUGGAAGAGCUGCUGGGGGUCCAUGCUGAAUGCGAGAGGGAAGCCACUGGGGGGUUCAUGGCCCGUGCCUUUGGAGAUCAUAUUGAAAAAUUUCAAGCUGAUCUUGUGCGUAAUUUGCAACAGAAGAAGGACGAGUUUUGCAAGAGGAAUGAGCAGGUAUCUUCCGACCGCUGCCUUGCCGUGCUUAUGGAUCUUUCCCAGGAAUUGGAAGAUGCGAUCACCAAUGGGAUCUACUGCGUGCCUGGGGGCUAUCGGCGUUUCUUGGGAAAGCUGCUUGAAAUAGAAGAGAAGUAUCGAUUGGUACCUGGGAAAGGGAUUCAGGCAGACAAGGCUCUUGAAGAAUUCUUGAAAUCCAAGAGGAGCGUGGCAGAGUCAAUCCUUCAGAUGGACAAGACCUUGAGUGAAAAAGAGAAGGAAAUUGAAGCUGAACGUGCGCGGGCCCAAGAGGCCCAACUCCAGCAGCAGCUCCUGGAGCAAGAGCAGGCCAAGCUGGCCCAAAUGGUGGAGGAUCAGAAGCGGAGCCACGAGGAACAGCUCCAGCAGCUGCAGGAGAAGGUGGAGAGGGAGAAGCAGGUGUUGCAAGAAGAGACGGAAAAGAUGGUGCAGCAUAAGCUCAAGGAACAAGAGCAACUGCUAAAAGAGGGAUUUGAUCAGCAGGCCAGAGAAAUGCAAAGCGAAAUCCAACAUCUCAAGGAAAAAAACAGCACUUCUACUUUGGCUGUGGUGAUGUCUUCUCUGGAGAACAUGCUCCCACAUGUGCUAUCCCUGGUGGGGCAGGGUCUUCAGUACCACAUAUUUUCAAGCAUGGCCAAGCCGUCAAGUAACUCUGAUCCGUCAAGUAAACAGCCGAAACCAAAGCAAUCCAAGGAAUAGUUCAGAUGCAAGAAGGAUAGAGGGGUUGGGGGGAGGAAGGAUGCUCUCUGAAUAUUCUUAACAUCUCUAAAACAAAUCAGGGCCACAUUCAGCACAAAUGAGCCUCAUCUCCAUCACUGAAAUUUGUGAAGGGUGAAGAUCAAUGUAAUAUUGAAAGAGAAAUACAAGCCUUCCGUCCUCUGGGCUUCACAAUUUGCAUGCAAGCAUCCAUUUAUCAAGUCAAAUGCUGAGCCGGUGCCGUUCCCCUAAGCUUCACCUCCUUUGAAGCAUUUAGCUGCUUCUACAACUGUCUUCAUCCUAUUAAGAACAGAACAAAAAUUUUUUUUAAAAAGCAGUUUCCAAACAACUGUGCUGUCUGAGAGGUAGCGGGAGCAUUUUGGUGCUAGUCAGCCUUGGCGCUAGCCAAUCAGCGCUGCCCACUGUCAGCUUUUGCUGUGAACUUUCGGUUUACUCCUGAAUAGGAGAAAGUCUGUUGGUGUUGAAUGCUGUGAGAGAGCUUCCAUGUGGACUCCACAGCUCUGCAUGUGUCAGGGGCAGACUGACUGGCCCUUUGACUUAAGAGCUGAGUUCCUGAAAGCCAGAAGCCGGCUGCACCAAUUGGUCCGCUUGUGUGCGGGCAGUGUUGGUUGGCUGAUGAGCAAACCUAUAUCAAUUGGCAUCGUUGCCAUGGUGCCGGACUACCACCAGUUGUGCAGGGGCCAAUUGGUGUAUCUUGUUUCAGGACUGUUUGAAAACAUGUGCCGUACUAUUUUAGACUGUGGAAAUGCAUUUACCCCACCUAGAAAAUGAGAUUCUUCUUCCUGACCUACCUGCUUUAGUCCCCAAUGCCUCUUCUGCCUUCUUUUCUUGAAUUGUGUAGCACUUUAUGUAAUGAAAGCAAUGCACACAGAGGCAGGGGCGGCGUCAGGGUUUCUGGGGCCCGAGGCUGGGGACAGCGCCAGGUCUGUUGCUGCCCCUAUCACGCAGCAAGCCGGCCCCAUUGGUGCGAUGGGCAGCUGGGAUGGCAUGCAGAGGCUGCCUGCACUCCCAGUCGGGCGCGCCGGGUGGCUGGGGAGGUGCAUGUGCAUCCUUCCAGCCCUCUUGCUCCAUUGUUCCACAUGCCGCCCUGGACACCUGCAGUGCCUGGCCUAUGGCUGUUGCGCUCGGCUGGGGACGUGUGUUGGUGGCAGGGGCAGCACGGGGCAGGAGGGCUGGCAGGCUGCAGCAGCUGUGGGCCAGGCACGGCAGGUGGCCGGAGCGGUGUGCGAGCGGCUUCCCAUCCCUCCUGCUCAGCUGCCAGCGCUGUCGCCGCCAGUGCCACAGUGCACGCCCCACGCCCCUGGUGCCCCCUCCAGCGCCCCCUCUGGUGCCUCAGUGCUCAAGGCGGGGGCUGGACCUGCCUCAAUGGGCGUGCCGGUCCUACACAGAGGCUAGCAUUCACAACCACUCUGUAUUCGUACUCCCCAUUAAUUACCCCAGAUCUGCUUCGGUGCUGAACAAAGUUCGUCCAGACGAUUACUUGCAAAAUCCUUCAUUUUCCAAGAAGCAGAAAAUGACUCAGGAAGGGCAUAAUAAGCAGCCAACAUUUGCCUCUGCGCAAGUCAUUUGUACCACAAGAUUGUCAGGGGUUUUUGCAAACUCAUCAGUUUGAAUUAAGCGCUCAGGUGGGUUUUUUAAAAUGCAGAUGUAUCAUAAAACCUGAAGAUGUGGCUGUCGCAGGCAGAAGGGGGCCAUUUCCAUGGCGGAGUGGCCAUCCCGUGCGUUGCAUGACAAUCGAGUCCCUUUCACUUCUGUUCGGUGAUAGUUACAAGAAUCGGAGCACUUUAUGAGGCAAACUUCUUUUUGCCCAUGGAUGGUGGCAUGAGGUGCAUCUUAAAAGGAGGCUGCAGCUAUAUUGACCUGCCCUGAGAAUUGUAAAGAGAGAUGGGCUGAGUUAAUGGGCUUGUGGAAAUCAUGUCCUUGUUUGUAAGCCUUGAAAAGAAUAACAAGGUCCUUGGUGCAUUUCUACGAGGCGGGCAGGGUUGCCAACUGAUGAGAAAAAUAGCCUGGUCAGCUCUUGUGCCUUCACGCGAAGCCUGAUCUGCUGAAAUUAGCCAGGGAAGUUUUUCUCAGUUUGAAGAUGAACGUUAUUAUCUAGUAAGUAAUUUAUUAUUACAGCACUUGGCCAGUACGUUAACCAUAAAAUUUAAGUGCACAUUUUACAACCAUUUGAAACAUGAAGCAUAUAAGUAUAUACAAUUUAAAAACAUAAUUUCCUAAUAUCUAUCAAAAUUUGUAAAAACCAGGAAGUCAGCAUAGUUCUAAGCAAGCAACUGAAAUGGAGGCCUAGGCUCUAAUGGGCUUUAACGACCAGAGCACAAAAUUUCGCUAUCUGGUGUAAUACAGUAAAAUCGGAGUUUGACAGCAGUUUCUCUAAUUUUUUCUUAUCCGAAUGUUCAGAGAUACCAUCCAGAAAGGGAAUAAUAAAUCUCAUACGUGCUUCCUUAUAGAAAGGGCAUCUCAGGAAAACAUGUUCCUGGGUUUCGACCUCCCCAAGUAUGCAAGGACAUAGUCUCUCAUUCCAAGGAAUCUUGUUAAAUCUGCCAUCCAGAACAGCAGAGGGUAAGGCAGAACAUCUGGCCAAAGUAAGCGCUCUCCUGAGAUUAUUUACCUCCAGAAUGGAUAAAUAAGAAGCAGGUGCAGAAAUAUAUCUGUUACUAGGAGGAGCUAUAAAAGCAGGAGUGCCUUGUAAGUCGGAUUGUCGUUCAAUAUCAUCUAUCCUUUGCCUAACCAUUUGCCUUGCUUGAUCGCUUCCCAUCAUGAGAAGUACUUGAGGGGAAAAUCCUAUUGCCCUGAUUUUCUGUCUAGUGGCAAUCAUCCACUUGGACUGAAAAUCAUCAGUUAAGAUUAGGGGUAAUAAACCACAAGGAUUUAAAUUUAUCCUUAUCCAUAGGAAGAUGGAAUGCAGGGUGAUCUUUGCUUCAACUUUCUGCAUGCCAGUCUCAAGGCGAACCAUUGCAUUAGAAACACACUUUGGAACUUGAAGGACCGCUCUCAAAAAUUUCGAUUGAACUAACUCUAAAGGUGCAAAACAAGAAGUUGGUGGUCCAAGAAGUGACCCGUAUAACAUCUGAGUUAGUGAUUUGGCCCUAAACAAUUUUAAGGCUGCCGGCACAAAAUAUCCCCCUGAAGUGCGGAAGAACUUCAGUAUACUUUGAGCAGAUCUAUCUCCCACACAUGCUGAUGCAUGACUAUGCGCGACCUUGGAUCCUGAAGCUUGGAUAAUCAUUCCGAGAUAACGAUAAUGAGUAACCUGCUCAAGAAUAUGGCCAUUUAUACUCCAAUUUCUACUUCGAGGUCUCUUACCGAAGGCCAUCACCUUCGUCUUUUGAUAAUUAAUGUCCAGUUUGUAGGUAUUACAAUAACUGGCAAAUCUCUUGAGUGUUCUCCUUAAACCAAUAGGAGUUCUAGAGAAAAUGACCGCAUCAUCCGCGUACAGGAGAAUGGAAAUGGGACGCUGUGCCAAUUUAGGCGAGUGGAGAUCAGCCCCAUUUAGAUGGUCCACCACAUCAUUGAGAUAAAAGUUAAAAAGAACUGGGGCUAACAUACACCCCUGCCUAACUCCUUUAAAAGUGGGGAUUUUAUCUGUUAAAUGUCCCUGACCAGUACAUCUCACCCUCAAUGAGGUUUGUUCAUGAAGAACACGUAUAAGAGCUAAGAGCCUCCUGUCUAUAGUAGCCAGGGAAGUUUUUCUCAGUUUGAAGAUGAACGUUAUUAUCUACUCACUUAUUCAAAGCAAGGUGAAGUUAAAGGCGCGAGCAUAUGGAACUGGUUGAGAGUUAGCAACUUUUGUGUAAGGCAAAGAUGCGCUCUCCCCGGCAUUCUUGGUAGGAAGAAGCGGACCCUGAAUCUAAAGUAUUUUUUUCUGCAAAAUUGUGUCAACAAAUCCUCAUAAAAAUAUGUUGGUGCGGAAGAAUAACAUGUAAGGGGUGGGGCGACGCGCCUGUCGUUUGCUGCAACUGUGAAGAUUGGCAAAGUGUGAACGUUGAUGUUUUGUCGAAGGCUUUCACGGCCGGAGAACGAUGGUUGUUGUGGGUUUUCCGGGCUGUAUUGCCGUGGUCUUGGCAUUGUAGUUCCUGACGUUUCGCCAGCAGCAGGAUACAGUGAAGCCUCCCGCCAUUAGCAUUCCACACCCUGGGAAACUCUUACAGGAUGACUCAGCCCAAACCCACCUUCCUGAGUAGAUAUAAAUUACCUGCCUACAUCUUCUUCACACUGUGACACUGAGAGAU